AUGUGGUCGGAGUCGGUGAGAUAUACGGUAGCGUUAGUCUUUGCGGUGGUGGACGUAUCCACUGCAGAAGAAAGCAUAGUCAACAUGGAGGAGUUUAAAAUGUUGUGCGGAUUUGUUAGGUUGACAGAGCGAAUAAAUGAGCUAUUGGGAAAAAUGGAAGGAACAUCAGGGCCGAAUAUGGACCCUCUGAAAAAGAAGGUCAAUGAAAUUUUGUUUGGAACGGGAAUAAGUGAUGUAAGUAAAUUGACAUGGAAUCUGUACAGAGAUCUGGAUUGUGGACGGGGUAAUGGCCUUGCAGCCGCCCCGGCUGGAAAGUCACUUGUGAAAGAUCUUGUUUGCCUAUGUGAUGGAAACGACCAAAAGUCAACGAUUAAGAUUAUUUGCUACGCGGGAAACGUCAAGCAAACUGGCUCUGCAAGGUGGAGAAACGGAGAAGGCCAUGAAAAAUUGUGGAAAACUAUGCAAAGUAAAUGCGAUACAGGGUUAAGGGAAGGCAUGCCAACGGUGGCUGAAUUUCAAGAGAAGAAAAAGCAACUCAAGGAGCGUGUAAGGAGGUAUACGGACACAAGUGGACGGGAACACCACUAUAUCUUUGGGGGAGGUAAAGAUAGAGGACUACAUACUUGCAACGGGGCCGCGACAGAGAGUGACGGAAUUUGUGUGAUGUAUCCAAGGGGAACUGAUGAAGACAAUGCAAGCGGUAUUGAAUGGCUCAGUAAGCUGGAAACCCUGAGGAGCGAAGUUGCGACAGUUGAAGAACGAGCAUAUAGCAAUGCACAUCCACAAACUAAAGAAACUAGCAAAAAGGAAAAAUCAGAUAGGUCGACACCGAGCAAAACUGAAGGUCCACACACAACUGCCAGAACAGACGGAUCAACACAAAAUGAAAGGCCAAACGCGCAAAGAAAUACCACAGCUACAACCAGCGACAUGACCAACAAUACUAAAAGACCACCCGAAGAGCAGAGGAGUUGCACCAUAGUCGCUUCCAGGCCCGUAACGCUAUUUUUGCUGUCAUUUAUAUAA